GGCGGCGGCGGGGCUACCGGGGCUCGGCCUCCCCGGUCAGAGCACCAGCUCCCACCUCUCCCCUCCUCGCCUGCACCCCCCCACCCCCCGAUGCCUACCAGACUUUUGCCUGGGCCGGGGCCCCCGCCAAACCAGCCUCGCCUCCCUGUCGGGUGGGGAUUCGGGGGCUGAGCUGUCUAGGGUCCCAGGGCCAAUGCAGUGCCGCCUCGUCCGGGGCCUGGCGGGAGCCCUCCUCACCGUUCUGUGCAUGGGGCUCCUCUCCCUACGGUACCACUCGAGCCUGUUUCCACAGAGCAUGCGGGAGACCCCCGGACUGAGCCCGCCAAGCCCUCUGUCCCCCGAGCUGCGGCUGCACGAUGUCUUCAUUGCAGUCAAGACGACCCGAGCCUUCCACCGCUCCCGCCUGGAGCUGCUGCUCGACACGUGGGUCUCCAGGACCAGGGAACAGACGUUUGUCUUCACCGACAGCUCAGAUGAAGGCCUCCAGGAGAGACUGGGGUCCCACCUUGUGGUCACCAACUGCUCUGCUGAGCACAGCCACCCCGCCCUGUCCUGCAAGAUGGCUGCUGAGUUUGACACCUUCUUGGCCCGUGGGCUGUGGUGGUUCUGCCACGUGGAUGACGACAACUAUGUGAACCCAAGGGCACUGCUGAAACUGCUAAAAGCCUUCCCACAGACUCACGACGUCUACGUAGGCCGGCCCAGCCUGAACCGGCCUAUCCGCGCUUCUGAGCCGAGGCCCCACAACCGCACGAGGCUGGUACAGUUCUGGUUUGCCACCGGGGGUGCUGGCUUCUGCAUCAAUCGCAACCUGGCUUUGAAGAUGGCCCCAUGGGCCAGUGGCUCCCGCUUCGUGGAAACGUCUGCCCUCAUCCGAUUGCCUGAUGACUGCACUGUGGGCUACAUCGUCGAGUGCAAGCUAGGUGGCCGCCUGCAGCCCAGCCCCCUCUUCCACUCCCACCUGGAGACCCUGCAGCUGCUGGGGGCUGCCCAGCUCCCAGAGCAGGUCACCCUCAGCUAUGGCGUCUUUGAGGGGAAGCUCAAUGUCAUUAAGCUACAAGGCCCCUUCUCCCCUGAGGAGGACCCUUCCAGGUUCCGUUCCCUCCAUUGUCUCCUCUACCCAGAUACUCCUUGGUGCCCACAGCUGAUGGCCAGAUGAACCCUGAACGGCUGGGCAAAGUUUGGGCUGAGGCUUCUGGCUGUCCUUGGCCUCCCCAGGCAGCCCUGGGGACUCGUGGCAAGUGCUCUUUGGCAGGGAGUCCCUGGCAGGGCCUCUGAGUGGUAGGUCAGCCCCGCAU